AUGGAAGGUGGGCAGCGAAGUGAGGAGUUGUGGGCGGUGAAGAGGGCGAAGAGAGGGAGCAUGGGACCAGGAGGGGCAUUCGAGCGAGAGGUGCGCACCAUCUGGCGUUUAAAUCACCGCAGCCUGGUGUCGCUCAUUGGGUGGUGCGCGGAGCAAGGCGAGCAGCUGCUGGUCUAUGAGUUCGUGCCCAACGGCAACCUCUAUGAAGCUUUGCAUGACCUCUCCCGUCCCCCGCUAUCCUUUCUCCAACGUGUGCACAUAGCCCUGGGUGUCGCGCGUGCGCUGCACUACAUACACGAACAGGCACGGGACCGCAUGCUACACAGAGACGUCAAGUCGCUCAACAUACUGCUCACAGCAGAGCUGCAGCCCAAGUUAUCUGAUUUUGGCCUAUCCCGCAUGCUGGAGGGAGGGGAAGCGAGCUUCUUCACACACGGGCUGUCAGGCACGAGGGGCUACUUGGACCCUGAGUUCAUCACCACACACCGCGCCUCCACCAAGACUGAUGUGUACAGUUUCGGAGUGGUUCUUCUAGAGCUGCUCACAGGCCAGCGCCCCUUGCUCCUCAUCUCGCUCUUCUUUGAAGUGAUUUUCCUACAGCUGCUCACAGGUCAGCGCCCCUCGCUCUACGUUUCAUCCCAUGCCCCCUCUCUUCCGCUUCCCUACUCUCCGUCUCCCCUCUCCCCACCAGCUUCAUAG